UGGAGUACUGGUUUGCUGUUAUCAACUCUCACGUGCGAAGCACUAUGGGCUCUGGAGAUCACUACUCUGGGUCGUCGUCGGAGCUGAGUCAGUUGACUCGGGAGUUCCUGGACUGGGCGAGUCAGCCCGAGUUCUCGGCUUGGCUGAGAAGGGUUCACAGGAAAAUCCACGAGAACCCAAGCUAGCCUUCGAGGAGUUCAAGACGAGUCAACUCGUGAGAUCGGAGCUCGACUCGCUCGGCGUCGAGUACACGUGGCCGGUGGUAAAGACCGGCGUGGGGGCUUCCGUGGGGAGCGGCGCUCAGCCCUGGUUCGCCCUCACAUGGACGCUCGUCCCAUUCAGGUUCUCUCUCUCCCAUAGGCCCAAAUUGAGGCCCAUUUCUUCUUCAAAGCCCAACACUUUUUUGUAUAGUCAUAGUCUCAGAUUGAGUCUCUGAUCUUUCUCUGAGCAAUGGCAAACUACUCACUACUUUCGGCUGUUUCAAGAAGGUUAGAGGGAAAGGUGGCUAUAAUAACAGGAGGAGCAAGUGGAAUAGGCGCAUUCACUGCAAAAGUAUUCGCCAAUCAUGGAGCCAAUGUUUUCAUAGCAGACCUCCAAGACGAUCUCGGCCGCUCGGUCUGUGAAUCCAUAGGCGAAACAAGCUGCAAAUAUGUCCAUUGCGAUGUCACAGACGAAUCCCAAGUGAAAACCGCCGUGGAAAAAGCGGUCAAGGCCUACGGGAAGCUAGACAUAAUGUUCAACAACGCCGGCAUAAUCGACGAAUACAAGCCCCGUAUAAUCGACAACAAGAAGGCUGAUUUUGAGCGCGUGUUGAGCGUGGAUGUGACCGGGGUCUUCCUUGGUAUAAAGCACGCCGCUCAGGCCAUGAUCCCUGCCAGGAGCGGCAGCAUCAUCGUGACUGCAAGCAUGAGUUCGUGCGUCGGCGGUGUGGCGACGCACGCUCUCACCGCGGCAAAGCACGCCGUGGUGGGACUAACGAAAAAUGUAGCAGUCGAGCUGGGACAGUUCGGAAUCAGAGUGAAUUCCCUGUCGCCUUCUGUGGUGGCGACACCUCCGGCGAUGACGUUUCUCGGGGUUGAUCAUGAGGAGGGGGUUGAGAAUUUGGCGAGCUCGGUGGCGAACCUAAAACAUGUCACGCUUAAGGCGGAGGAUGUGGCAAAUGCGGCUCUGUUUUUGGCUAGCGACGAGGGAAGAUAUAUAAGUGGGCAUAACCUUGUUAUUGAUGGUGGUUUUAGCGUUGUUAAUCCUUCCUUCCACAUGUUUCAGUACCCGGAGAAUUGAUCAUCUUUGCAACAAACGGGGAAUUUUUUUUUUUUAAAAAAAAUUUUCUCAGUUGAUUUUAAGGU